CAAGAACAACAACAGCAAAAUAAAUAUAAAACCAAACACACAACAAUUGUGCGAAAACUGUGAAAUUGUGCAGCAGACACAAACGAGAGCAAUCAAAAAUAAAUAUUUUGUCAUAACUGUCUACUGUCCAACUCUCUCAACAACUGAGCAUACGUCAACUCUUCAAUCUAAGUUCAUUAUUAUAUUAUUCUGUUUGCACUGUCUUACUACGAAAAGCAACAAUUACCAACAGCAACAGCAGCAGCGGCAACAUCCAGCAGGCAACUGCCAAAAUCAACGAAAAGCAGACAAGCAUAUACACUUUACUUCCACUAGGACACGUUGUGCUGCCAAUAUAAGGCAAGCAAUAUCUUUUAUAUAUGAUGGCCGAUCAUUUGGACGAACCGCCACAGAAGCGGGUAAAAAUGGAUCCAUCGGAUCUAUUCUAUUCUAUUCUGGAAGACAAUCUACCCGAUGAGCUGGUGUCUUCGAACAGCGGCUGGUCGGAUCAGCUAAACACUGGCGGCGGCGGUGGCGGUGUUAGUGUUGUUGCGACAGCAACCGGCGCCGGCAGUGGCGGACCAAAUAAACCACCAGCUCAGGGACCCGGUCCAAAUGUGGUGCCACCACAAAUGAACGGUGCCGGUGGGGGCGGUGAUGAUGGCAGCAGUAAUGGCGGAGGCGGCGCUGCCGGAAAUCAACUGCGACAAAUGCAACACCACCAGCAUCUGCAGCAUCUGUUGCAACAACAGCAGCAGGGCAAUAAGGGCGCUGGCGGUGGCAUGGUUGUGCCUGGCAUGAAUCAACUUGGCAGCAAGUCACCCAAUUUACAAUCGCCCAACACCGGUGGCAUGCAGGUUGCGACACAAAUGGGCAUGGUCAAUUCAAUGCCCAUGUCCAUAUCGAAUAAUGGCAACAAUGGCAUGAAUACCAUACCAGGCAUGAACAGCAUUGCACAGGGUAACCUGGGCAACAUGGUUCUGACAAACAGCGGCGGCAUGGGUAACAUAGGUGGCGCCGGCAUGGUGAACGCUCUGAAGCAACCGGGCGCUGCCUCAAUGAUGAACGCCGUGCCCGGCGUGGGCUCGGUGCCCGGGUCAGCGCCAAAUCAGGGCAUGCAUAUGCAAAAUGGUCCGAUGAUGGGUCGCAUGGUUGGGCAGCAGCACAUGCUUCGUGGCCCGCAUCUGAUGGGCGCCGGAGCUGGCGGCGGUAAUGGACCAGGUGGUGUUGUUGGCGCCGGCGGUGGUCCACGGAUGCAAAAUCCAAACAUGCAGCUGGGCCAAAUCAACAAUAUGCCUUAUGGAGUCGGCAACUAUGGUGCACCUGGUGGCGCCAAUCCGCAGCAGCAACAACAGCUGCUGGCUCAACAGAUGGCACAGCGCGGCGGCGGCGGCGUUGUGGCGCCGAACAUGAGCUCUGGUAUGCCUCAGGGAAAUCGACCAAUUGGCACAGUUGUGCCCAUGUCCAGUCUGGGCGGAGAUGGUGCGCCACCUGGUGCAGGUGGACUCGUUGGCAAUCCUCAGCAGCAGCAGCAGCAGCAACUGGCUGCGGCAAAUGCACAAAUGAAUCCCCAGCAGCAACAGCCGGGCAUCCAACAGGGUGCACUGGGACCACGAGCGCCGCAACCCAAUCAACUGCUUGGACAUGCUCAGCAGCAACAGCAACAACAACAACAGCAGCAGCAGCAACAACAGCAGCAGCAGCAACAGCAGCAGCAGCCCGGCACAUCUCAGCAGCAGGGAGUACCCUCAGCGUCGCCUGUUAGCGGGACUGCUCCGGCGCAGAAUAGCAUGUCCGAGGAGCGAAAGAAACAAAUACAGCAGCAGCUGAUGUUGCUGCUGCACGCGCACAAGUGCAAUAGGCGCGAAAAUCUGAAUCCCAAUCGCGAGGUAUGCAACGUCAACUAUUGCAAGGCGAUGAAAGCCGUCUUGGCGCAUAUGGCCACCUGCAAGCAGAGCAAGGAUUGCACCAUGCAGCACUGUACCUCGUCGCGCCAGAUACUGCUUCACUACAAGACCUGCUCGCGAUCCGAUUGCAUUAUCUGCUUACCCUUCCGACAGAAUCAGCCUCCACAACAACAGCAGCAACAACAACAACAGCAGCAGCAGCAGCAACAGCAGCAGCAACAACAACAACAGCAGCAGCAGCAGCAGCAACAACAACAACAACAACAACAACAGCAGCAGCAACAGCUACCGCAGGGACAACAGGUACCACAAAAUGCAUCGGGCGUGGGAGUUGGCGUCGGUGUUGGGGUUGGCGUUGGUGUCGGCGUCGAUGGUAAACAGGUGGCGCAGAGCGCUGGCGGAACUGGUGGUCCACAAAAUACGGCCAUUGUUCUACCGCAGCAGCAGACGCCUGGCGCGCCUAAUGUGCCCAAGACAAACACCGAUAUGGCACAGCAACUGGCACAGCAACAACAGCAGCAGCAACAACAACAACACCAACAAGUGGAACUGCGUCGCUUUGAGGGCGUUGGCAGUAUACUUCCAGUGGGACCGGUAGCAUCUGGAAUGCUGGGUGCGCCGACGCAAGGCAUGCCACCAGGCAUACGCAUGCAGGGCUCUCCAGCGGUUCGUGUGCUUGGCGUGCAGCCAGGACCAGGCGGCUCACUUCCUGGGGGACUGCCAGUGCCAGUGUCUGUGCCCGGACAAAAUGUUUUGCCCGGUGCGAACGAUGUGAACAGCUUGCAGCAACAGCAGCAGGCGCAGGCGGCGGCCCAGCAGGGCGGACAACUGAUGCUGCAGGGUUGCAACAUAGUCGGUGGACGCAGGCGUGCGCUUCCCAACAUGGUUGAACAGCAGCAGCAGCAGCAACCGAAUGCGCAACAGAAUGCUCAGCAGCAGCAACAAUUGGGCAAUAUACCAGCACCGCUAUCUGUCAAUGUUGGCUUCAACAAUUCCAAUUUCGUCGGAGUCGGCGUCAAUGAUAAGCAACAGCAGCAGCAACAACAACAGCAGCAGCAGCAACAGUUGGUGGGUCAGUCCGAUCAGCUGGCCAAGCUGAAGCUGCAGGCUCAAGCGCAAGCACAAGUGCAGGCGCAUGGCGGCAAUGUUGUGUCAGCGGGAGGAGUGCCAGGAGCUGGAGUUGCAGCCGGUGCCAGUGUGCUGAUGCCGGCGGAUACGACGGGCGGUGGCAACAGUUCAUCAGUUCCAGGCGUUACGACAGGCGCUGGAGCAGGUGGUGGUGCUGGCGGUCCGGCUGGCAGUGGUGGCGACAACGAGAAAGACUGGCGAGAAUCGGUGACAGCUGAUUUGCGCAAUCAUUUGGUGCACAAGCUGGUGCAAGCCAUCUUUCCCACAUCAGAUCCAACCACAAUGCAGGACAAGCGCAUGCAUAAUCUCGUCUCGUAUGCCGAAAAGGUGGAGAAGGACAUGUACGAGAUGGCCAAAUCGAGAUCCGAGUACUAUCAUCUGCUUGCCGAGAAGAUCUACAAGAUACAGAAGGAACUCGAGGAGAAACGUCUCAAGCGCAAAGAGCAGCACCAACAGCAAAUGUUGCAAAUGCAACAGCAGGGCGUUCCCAACAGCGGCGCCGUCGUCAAUCCCACGUCGGUAGUGCCGAACAAUACGCUUCAGCAGCAGCAGCAGCAACAACAGCAGCAACAGCAACAGCAGCAGCAGCAACCCGGACAAGGUGUGCGUCCCAUCAUCAGUCCUAUGGGCGGUGGCGGCGUUGUACCAACUGGUAUGAUGCCACAGCAGUUGCGUCCUCAGGCGCCUGGCAUGGGUGGCGGUGUUGUCGCCGGCCAACAACAGACGCCAGCCGGUCAACCCAACAUGGUUGCUGUGGCGGCGAGCAUGCGCAGUCAUUCGCCUGGCGGUAAUAUGCUUGCGAUCCAGCAACAGCAGCGCAUGCAGUUCCCGCAACAGCAGCAGCCUGGUCAGGGCAACAUGUUAGUUGGACCGCCAGGGCCCAGUCCCGGGGGCAUGGCAGUGUUGUCCCCAUUCACCGGCUUAACAAGUCCGGUGCCUGGGCAGCAGCAACAGCAGCAACAACAGCAACAACAGCAGCAACAGCAGCAGCAGCAACAACAGCAGCAGCAGCAACAACAGCAAUUCAUUAAUGCGAAUGGUGGCACGGGUGCACAAAAUCCGCAGCUCAGCGAAAUUAUGAAGCAGCGUCUGCUGCAGCAGCACCAACAGCAAACAGCUGCAGCAAUGCUAUUGCCUCAAUCGCCCUUUAGUAAUGCCACGCCUAUUCCACAGCAACAGCAGCAGCAACAACAACAACAGCAGCAGCAACAGCAGCCCCAACAACAACAGCAGCAGCAGCAACAACAACAACAAACGAACGCAUUUAGCUCACCGAUGCAGCAGCAGAAGGCACAACAGCCACCUGGUAGUGUGCUGAAUAAUAUGCCACCCACGCCGACCAGCCUCGAUGCGCUCAAUGCCGGAGCAGCGAGUGCUGCUGCUGGUGCCGGUGGUGGUGGCAGUAGUGGGAAUAGUGGGAAUGGUGGAUCUGGAGCUGGAGCUGGUACUGGUGCUGGUAGUGCUAGUGGUGUUGUCAGUAGCGGCACUGUUGCCGCACCAAGUCCCUCACCCAGUUUCAUGUCGAAUGGACCGAUUGGGACGCCGUCAAACAAUCCGCCCUCUGUUAGCAGUCUGAUGCAGCCGUUAAGCAAUCGUGCAACAUCGCCGCCAUAUAUACCUGCCUCGCCAGUGCCGGCAACCAGCGCCUCAGGGCUGGCGACCAGCAGUACGCCUGCCUCGACAGCGGCAACAUGCGCCAGCAGCAGUAGCAACGGUAAUGGCAGCAACAGCAGCAGCGCCGCCAGCAGCAGCAGCUGUACGGCAAUUACAACGACAGCGAUAACAACGUCGGUUAGCACACCGCUCAGCAGUGCAUCCUCAUCGACGGCAACGCCGACAUCAACGACAGCAUCGAGCGGCAAUGGCGGCUCAGUGCCGGCUAGCAGCAGCACGUUGCUAUUGAUGGGACGCAGUAGUAGCGAGAAUAGCGCUCCUGUGCCCAACCGAAUGAUGAGCAGCUCGAGCAGUUUAUCGUCUCAGAUGGCGGCACUGGAGGCGGCGGCGCGUGAUAAUGAUGAUGAGACGCCAUCGCCGGCGGGUGCCAAUGACACGAAUGGCAGCAACGGCGGUAGUGGUGGCGGCGGCAUGUCAUCUAAGGGCAAACUGGACUCCAUUAAGCAGGAGGAUGAGAUCAAAAAGGAUUUCAUGGACGACAGUUGUGGUGGCAACGGGGAUGGCUCGCUGAUGGACUGCUUGACGGGUGGCAAGGGCAAGAAUGUGAACAAUGAUGGCACCAGCAUGGUGAAAAUUGACCUUAAGUCGGAGGAUGGUGCCGACGGCGACGUGAAAAUCAAGGCUGAGCCAAUGGAUGUGGAUGACUCGGCAACGGGCAGCGGCAUUCCUGGUGGCGCCAAUGGCGAUGGCACGAUAGGUGGCAGCGGUAUCGAUAGCAAGGAUGAUAUCAAGGGUGGCAUCGAUGGCAUUGCCUCCGGCGGCGUUGGCGACAUCAAAAUCAAAUGUGAGACCAAGCCAAUAGUGCCAGAGCCAAUCGCACCAAAUGCCGGCGAUAAGAAGAAGAAAUGCCAAUUCAAUCCGGAAGAGUUGCGCACAGCACUGCUGCCAACGCUGGAUAAACUAUAUCGCCAGGAGCCGGAAUCGGUGCCAUUUCGUUAUCCAGUCGAUCCACAAGCGCUGGGCAUACCCGACUACUUUGAGAUUGUUAAAAAGCCAAUGGAUCUGGGCACCAUACGGAACAACAUCCUGAAUGGCAAAUACAGUGAUCCCUGGGAGUAUGUAGACGAUGUGUGGCUAAUGUUUGACGAUGCGUGGCUUUACAAUCGCAAAACAUCACGCGUAUAUCGUUAUUGCACCAAGUUGUCGGAGGUCUUCGAGGCUGAAAUAGAUCCCGUGAUGCAAGCGCUGGGAUACUGCUGUGGACGCAAAUAUACCUUCAAUCCGCAGGUGCUAUGCUGUUAUGGCAAACAACUGUGCACGAUUCCACGCGAUGCAAAAUACUACAGCUAUCAAAAUAGUUUAAAGGAAUACGGUGUUGCCUCAAACAGAUACACGUUCUGCCAAAAGUGCUUUAAUGACAUCCAAGGAGACACUGUCACCCUGGGCGAUGAUCCGGUGCAGUCGCAAACCCAAAUUAAGAAGGAUCAAUUCAAAGAGAUGAAGAACGACCAUUUGGAACUGGAGCCGUUUGUCGAUUGCCAGGAGUGUGGUCGCAAACAGCACCAGAUCUGCGUGCUUUGGCUGGAUUCAAUAUGGCCGGGCGGCUUUGUGUGUGAUAAUUGCUUAAAAAAGAAGAACUCCAAGCGGAAGGAGAACAAAUUCAAUGCCAAGCGAUUGCCCACCACCAAACUGGGCGUGUACAUUGAGACGCGCGUCAACAACUUCUUAAAGAAAAAGGAGGCUGGUGCCGGUGAGGUACACAUCCGUGUUGUAUCCUCAUCAGACAAGUGCGUUGAGGUUAAGCCGGGCAUGCGGCGUCGGUUUGUUGAGGGCGGCGAAAUGAUGAAUGAGUUUCCAUAUCGGGCCAAGGCUCUAUUUGCGUUUGAGGAGGUUGAUGGCAUUGAUGUUUGCUUUUUUGGCAUGCAUGUCCAAGAAUAUGGUUCCGAGUGUCCAGCGCCCAAUACGCGACGCGUCUAUAUUGCCUAUCUCGAUUCAGUGCAUUUCUUUCGGCCACGCCAAUAUCGCACAGCCGUCUACCAUGAAAUACUGCUCGGCUAUAUGGACUAUGUGAAACAGCUGGGCUACACGAUGGCGCAUAUUUGGGCGUGUCCGCCAUCUGAAGGCGAUGACUAUAUAUUUCACUGCCAUCCGACUGAUCAGAAAAUACCGAAGCCGAAGCGUUUGCAGGAGUGGUAUAAAAAGAUGCUUGAUAAGGGCAUGAUCGAGCGCAUCAUACAAGACUACAAGGAUAUACUUAAGCAAGCCAUGGAGGACAAACUUGGCUCGGCUGCUGAGUUGCCCUACUUUGAGGGUGAUUUCUGGCCGAAUGUGCUUGAGGAGAGCAUCAAAGAACUGGACCAGGAAGAAGAGGAGAAACGUAAGCAGGCCGAGGCCGCCGAAGCAGCAGCGGCUGCCAAUCUCUUUUCAAUUGAGGACAACGAAGUCAGUGGCGAUGGCAAAAAGAAGGGUCAGAAAAAGGCAAAGAAGUCCAACAAAUCCAAAGCGGCGCAGCGCAAAAAUAGUAAAAAGUCGAAUGAGCAUCAGUCGGGCAAUGAUUUGUCCGCCAAGAUCUAUGCCACCAUGGAGAAACACAAGGAGGUCUUCUUUGUCAUCCGGCUUCAUUCAGCGCAGUCAGCGGCAAGUCUGGCGCCCAUACAAGAUCCUGACCCUCUGUUGACCUGCGAUCUAAUGGACGGACGCGAUGCAUUCCUAACACUUGCCCGUGACAAGCACUACGAAUUCUCAUCGUUGCGACGCGCACAGUUCUCUACACUGUCGAUGCUGUACGAGCUGCACAAUCAGGGACAGGAUAAGUUCGUAUAUACCUGCAACAACUGCAAGACUGCGGUGGAGACACGAUAUCACUGCACCGUUUGCGAUGAUUUUGAUCUGUGCACGGUAUGCAAGGAGAAAGUCGGACACCCACAUAAAAUGGAAAAACUGGGCUUCGAUCUCGAUGAUGGCUCGGCGCCGGCUGAUCUCAAGCAAGCAAAUCCCCAGGAGGCGCGAAAACAAUCCAUUCAACGAUGCAUUCAAUCUCUGGUGCAUGCGUGUCAGUGUCGCGACGCCAAUUGCCGUUUGCCUUCGUGCCAGAAGAUGAAGCGGGUUGUCCAGCAUACAAAGAACUGCAAGCGAAAGACAAAUGGUGGCUGUCCCAUAUGCAAACAGUUAAUCGCCCUCUGCUGCUACCACGCCAAGCACUGUCAGGAGCAAAAGUGUCCGGUGCCUUUCUGUCCGAACAUCAAGCACAAGCUUAAGCAGCAGCAGCUGCAGCAAAAAUUACAACAGCAGCAGCUACUGCGUCGCCGUGUUGCGCUCAUGUCGAGAACCGCAGCACCCGCUGCUCUACCCGGACCAACGAUCAGCGGGCCCGUGGUUGCAGCCGGUGGAGUCGGUGUUGGUGUUCCCGUUGUGGGCAUGUCCGGUGUAGCGGUCAGUCAACAGGUGAUGUCUGGCCAGGCUUCCAUACUGCCAGUCGGUGCCGGUGGCAUGAGUCCAUCUACUGUAACAGUGCCGUCGCCGGUUUCCGUCAUGGGCGGAAUGACGUCUCCGCAUCCACAUCAGCCUGGCAUUGGCAUGAAGCCGGGCGGUGGCCAUUCGCCGUCGCCCAAUGUGCUGCAGGUAGUCAAGCAGGUGCAGGAGGAGGCCGCACGCCAACAGGUACCGCAUGUGGGUAGCUUUGGCAAAGGUGUGCCAAUGGCGCCGCCUGUUAUGCAGCGACCGAUGGGCGUGGGCGUACCCAACCAGGGCGCCAUGGGCGGCAUGGUCGGCAAUGUGGGUGUAAAUCAGCUAGCUGGAAAUGUGGGCGUCGGUCCCGGAGUCGGACAGCUGCCGAGCGGGGCGAACUGCAACAAUGUGUUGAACUCCAAUAAUCUGCUACCCAUGGAACAGUGGGGCGGUGGUGGUGGCGGUGGUGUUGGUCCUGGACAACAGCGCUAUGCGAACAAUACACCCAAUCAGUCCGGAAUGCGUCAGCCCAACCAACUGAUGCAGCAGAACCUACAGCAACAGCAGCAACAACAACAGAUGAUGGGCAUGCCACCAAAUCAGAUGGGUGGCGGUGUUGGAGUCGGCGUUGGCGUUGGCGCUGGUCAGAUGCCCGUGGUGGGUGGUGGUGUUAAUAUGGGCGGCGGUGGAGCACCUCAUGGUAUUGGCAUGGGUGCGCCCAUGGGUGCUGCAGCCGCUGGCGGUGGUGUACGCCCACCAGGCGCUCAGGGCGUGGGUACUGGCGGUGGCGGUGCUGGCGGUGCGGGUCCGAACAUGGGAAGUGGUCCGCCGCUGAACACACAGACCCUGGCACAGAUCAUGCAAAAGAUUAAGAACAAUCCGACCAAUGAGAGCAACCAGCACAUACUCAGCAUACUGAAACAGAAUCCACAGAUUAUGGCGGCCAUCAUUAAGCAGCGACAGCAGAGCCAAAUCAAUGCUGCCGCCGGCGGGGCUGGUGGUCCCGUUGGUGCACUGCAAGCGGGCAAUGGACCACAGACGCCGCAACAGCAGCAGCAAGUAAUGCAACAACAACAGCAAAUGCAGCACAUGCUGAAUCAGCAGCAACAGCAACAGGGCCCUGGACCCGGACCACAGCAAAUGGGACCUGGCCAACAGCAGCAGGUGAGCCUAAUGCAGGCGCAGCAGCAACAACAACCGGGACCACCGCAUCAACGCAUGGCCAACAUGCAAAAUGCGGCGAUGAUGCUGCCAAAUCUACCCUCCGGCUUAACCUCUCAGGGAGGCAUGGUUCCCAACCAGAAGUGGAAUAACAUGCGAUACAUGCAAAUGAAUCAAUACCCGCCACCAUAUCCACGCCAACGAGGCCCACAUAUGAGCGGAGCUGGGCAACAGCAAUUCCCGGGUGGCACAGCUGGCAACUUUAAUGCGGGCGGCGCUGGAACUGUUGCCGGUGUUCCAGUAGCCGGCGCACCCGUUGGUGGCAGCGGUUCGGCGGGUCCCGGCUCUGAUCAAUACUCGAUGACGAAUGCGGCAGCUUCCAAUAUGCUGCAACAGCAGCAGGGCGGCGGUGGUGCUGGGGUAAAGCCCGGGCCCCAACAACAGCAACAGCAGCAGCAACAAAUGGGAGUGAUGCCACCAGGUAUGCAGCAGCAACAACCCUUGCAACAGCAGCAGCAACAACAGCAGCAACAAAUGAUGCAGGUUGUGGCUGCCGGCGGUGGUGGCAUGACCAAUGCAAAUACUCAAAAUGCGAUGCCCGGUGGCGGUGGUGGACCCGGUGGGAGCAGUGCAAAUGUGAUGGGCCCACCAACACCGCAUACUCUGCAACAGCAGCUGAUGCAGUCGGCCCGCUCCUCACCACCGAUACGUUCGCCACAGCCGACGCCAUCGCCGCGAUCAGCGCCAUCACCACGGGGGCCGUCAGCAUCGCCGCGGGCACAGCCUUCUCCACACCAUGUUAUGAGUCAUUCACCGGCGCCUCAGGGACCACAUGAUGGCAUGCACAAUCAUGGCAUGCAUCAUCAAUCACCGCUGCCAGGAGUGCCACAGGAUGUGGGCGUUAGCGGUGUCGGUGUCGGUGUUAAUGCUGGCAAUGUGGGUAAUACUGGCGGCGCUUUGCCCGAUGCCUCCGAUCAGCUAACCAAGUUUGUGGAGCGGCUCUAGUGUAACAUCAAUGCCAAUGCCAACGGCAGCGGCAACGAAACCAACAACUGCAACAGCAACAGUAACAUCAAUAGCAAUAACAACAUUAACCUCAACAAUUAUCACUAUAACGGACAACAACAGCAGCAGCCUCUGCAGUCACUGCAGUCACCGCAUUACUUUUGAUGUCCGGCCUUGGCGAUUUGUGCCCUUAGGCUAAUUGGGGCUUUUGAUAGG